CCCUUUUAGGUUCAGACGUUCAGUAGCUCGUCAAGACGCUAGUAGUUUUGUUCUUCCAAGUCUUUGACCGUCAUUUCGCUGGUUGCCAGGGGUCCACGCAGGAGACCACCAGCACAGAGAGGAUGUCACAGCGCUAGAGGAGGUGCAGACAUUUCUCGAUUGUCUUUCACGUCCGGACACUGUCGUCUGCCUAUCGCUGCCAGUCAUAGGGUUUGAGUUAUUUCCCCUUCGGAUUACUUCAACAGAAAUAAAAUGGAUGUGAAAUGUCUAAAUAUGUAAUCAACCAAUGGAAUAGACGUGUGAAUGUAACUAACUAGAGGUCUCACAUCAUUUAUGGUCAGAUCAGAACUGUUGGAACAUCUCAGAAUAGAUCCCUACAGGUCUAAAACAUUGAACGUUUCCGACCACCAGCAAUAACCUAGUAUGACCAUCUCCACUUUAACCUAUUGAAAUGAAGUCCACGUGCUCCAGAGAUCAUCGCGACCUGGAAAUAAUGUCUGCUUGACCCCCCUGCGUCUGCCGAAAGGUUAUCCAGUAGUAUGAGCAGGAUGAUUUAAAAGUGGUCACAUGACAUCAGACUUGUAUUUUAAAAAAAAAAUAGAAUUGAGUCAGAUUGCUUAAAUCAGAUUUAGCCACUCCAAAGCUCACGUUUUGAGAACAGCGCUGAGAUUCGCAUCAGUCGCUAGUGUCAGUGGAACAAAUAUGUGCAUUGACUGUUUGAGUGAAGGAUUUCUUCUAGAGACAGUGUGAUGAACACAAUGUUAUUGAUAUAUAAAGAGGCUUUACUGGAAGAAUGACAGGUACUAUUUCCAGUCGGUCUUGUUCGACCCUCACAACUACGCACUGAGUGGUCAGCGGAAAUGAAUUUGGGCACUGUCCUUUCACUGGUUCUCUGGCUUGUCUCUUUCCUUGCGACCAUCUGCUUUCUGCCCCUUGCCCACUGCGCCAUGGUGACCACGUCCAAGGGGCCGGUCAGAGGAACGACGCAGUACGUUGACGGGAAGAAGAAAGUGGAUGUGUUUCUUGGAAUACCUUAUGCAAAGCCACCAAUAGGUGAACUCAGAUUCUCCUAUCCGGAGCCCCCGGACGCCUGGACAGAGGUGAAAGACACCACCAAGCCACCCAACUGUUGUAUGCAACUACCAGAGGAUACUACGUUUAUGAACUUCUCAGGGACAGCCGUCUGGAACCCUAACACACCUGUGAGCGAAGACUGUCUGUACCUGAACGUCUGGGCGCCAAGGACAAACCCGCCCUACGCCAACAAGGCCGUGAUGGUCUGGGUGUACGGUGGCUCCUUCAGUUCGGGAUCUUCCGCUCUGGACGUCUACGACGGCCUGUACCUAGCAGCAGACAAUGACGUAGUCGUGGUCUCCAUGCAGUUCAGAAUCGGCGCCCUAGGUUUCUUGACAUUCGGUUCCAACGAGGCGCCUGGCAACGCCGGUAUGAUGGACCUCGUGAUGGCGUUGCAAUGGGUGCAGACCAACAUCCACUCCUUUGGUGGUAACUCCCACAACGUCACCCUGAUGGGCGAGAGCUCUGGGGCAGUCAGCAUUGGUCUCCUCAUGCUCUCGUCGUUAAGUCGAGAGCUUUUUCAUCGGGCGAUUCUACAGAGCGGCGCCCCACAAGUCCACUGGGGCACCUACACAGUGACGGAAGGCCGGAGAAGGGCGAUCAAGCUAGCCGAGCUUCUCCAGUGCGACACCCAAACCAGCGACACUGAGAUCAUUAAGUGUCUGCGCCGGAAGCCUGCAGAGUUAUUUCCCUUCCAUGAGCUGAACAUCACCAGGGGCAUCGCCCAAUUCCCUUUCGUUCCGGCCAUCGACGGCAGAUUCUUGAGAAUGUCGCCGGCGGAGUAUCUCAGGGAGGGCUCUUUUAAAAAGGCGCCUGUGCUCCUAGGCAGCAACGCCAACGAGGGGACUUGGCUCCUGGUGUACUACGAGGCGCAGCAUUUUAACAUCGUGACCGAAAGUCUCAUUAGCAGACGACAGUACGACGAGGUCAUGAGCAGCAUUUUUCAAUAUUACCCACAAUUCCCUAAAGAGCUCAACCACAUGGCACGCGAGGCCAUCCGGUUCAAAUACAUCGACUGGAUCGACCCGGAAGAUCAAGUACGGUUGAGAGGUCAAGUAGAGAAAGCGGUUGGCGAUCAUUUCUUUACCUGCAGUGUGGUCGGCUUCGCGAAGGCGCUGGCCAAGGCAGGACAGGAUGUCUAUUUAUAUAGAUUCAGUCAGAGAAUGUCCAGCCACGACUGGCCAAAGUGGAUGGGUGUCAUGCAUGGGGAUGAAAUAUUUUUUGUUUUCGGGUUGCCUCUGAAAUACAGUCACAAAUUUACCAGAGAGGAGAAAGAGCUUAGCCGGAAAAUGAUGACAUAUUGGUCAAAUUUCGCCAAAACAGGGAACCCAAACCGCGGCCCAGGCGAGCUGGACAUGCGAGAGUGGCCCAAGUUCAGACAUAACGAACAACUUUACCUCAAUCUUAGCACGGAUAUGUUCAACUCCAGCGCCAACAUCUGGGGUCAAGGGGUCAGAACGGAAUAUUGCGGGUUCCUUGACAAUUACAUUCCUCAUCUGGUUAGAUCGGAACCUUCCUACAGCACAAACUGUAGCAUGACUGCAGCCUCAACAUCCAAGGCCAUCUUGACGUCUCGCUGGUGUCCAGCACUCACCAUAAGUUUGACAAUGAUUAGCAGCAGCUUCUCCUGGCUUUGUCCAAUAGCUUUAAAGCUCUACAGCCGACCUUGGCUAGGCUUUAUACCAGGAAAAGUUUAGGAUCCGUUUAGAGUUGUUUACAUUUUGUUUAUGUUUCCCUUCAUCCAGUUAUUCUUCCAAACAAAAAAAUGUUUCGCUUUUUUUUGUGUUACGAAAUUUGCACCUUUUUUUUUUUUAAAUUGCAUUUACGAUUCAUACAUGAACAAUUUACUGUUAUAAGUGAUAACUUUCUCUGGUUAUGGGAUAUGCUAAAUAUAACUCUCAACAGAACAAUAGGAAUGAAGAAAGAGGAACGAUAACUCUAAUUCUAAAGGCAUUCUGGGAAAUAUUGACUUGGAAAUGAACACAAGAAAUACAAUUUAAUGAAUGGAGUCUGAAUUAAAAAUUGGAAUAAUUCCAUUUAUAAUACUUCCAAGAAGAAAAUUAAAAUGUUGGUUUGGAAUAGUGGUUUGUACAACCAAACUCGGUUAUUUUUUUUUUCCCAAUGUUUAGAAUGUAAUAAUUGGAACAUCAGCAUAAGAGCAUCUAGUGUUAUUUCUUUGUUCAAGAAAUUUGAGAUGUGUUCAAUUGUUCAUCAAACCUGGGAUGUGUUCAAUUGUUCUGAAGAGAAUGUCAUCAAAUACUAAGUGAAUUGAACAGGUAAACAUACGACGCCGUGAGUCGUGAACUUAAGGCCUGUCUGAGCUUCUGUUUGUUGAUUAUGUACAGUCUCUAAUGUGUAAAGUGUACACUUCUUGCUUGUACAUAGUAGAAUAUUCAAUUAGUUGUCUCUGGAUGUGCUCUCUAGUUGACUACAGUACAGUAGAAAUAACUCGACCUCGUCUUUGAUAGUAUCAACUUAUCAACCAAUUUGUAAUAUGUAUCUAUGCACCGAUUUCUUUUCUUAUUGUAUUCUUUGUUUUAUAAUUGUAUACAGAAUUGUUAUCUGUGUUACUUUUUGUAAAAAUAUUUAUUAUUAGGUGUGUGUGUGUGUUUUGUAGCUGGUCUUUUAGGAGAGCGAAUGUGUAAGGGUAGAGUUUUCCCUAUCAAUAGAAUAUACUCUUCAGUUUCCUAUCAACAUAAUACUCUUAUCAGUUCCCUCUCAUUUGACUAUACUCUUCAGUUCCCUCUCAUUUGACUAUACUCUUCAGUUCCCUCUCAUCAGAAUAUACUCUUUAGUUCCCUCUCAUCAGAAUGUACUCUUCAGUUCCCUCUCAUCAGAAUAUACUCUUCAGAUCCCUCUCAUCAGAAUGUACUCUUCAGUUCCCUCUCAUCAGAAUAUACUCUUCAGUUCCCUCUCAUCAGAAUGUACUCUUCAGUUCCCUCUCAUCAGAAUAUACUCUUCAGUUCCCUCUCUUCAGAAUGUACUCUUCAGUUCCCUCUCAUCAGAAUAUACUCUUCAGUUCCCUCUCAUCAGAAUGUACUCUUCAGUUCCCUCUCAUCAGAAUAUACUCUUCAGUUCCCUCUCAUCAGAAUAUACUCUUCAGUUCCCUCUCAUCAGAAUAUACUCUUCAGUUCCCUCUCAUCAGAAUAUACUCUUCAGUUCCCCAUCAGCAGAAUAUACUCUUCAGUUCCCUCUCAUCAGAAUAUACUUUUCAGUUCCCCAUCAGCAGAAUAUACUCUUUAGUUCCCCAUCAACAGACUUUGAUUGAAUUCAAUCUCUUGUACCCGAUAUGCACAGGACUAAACCUCGUUUUAAAAGGUCGUGCUUGUAAACUGUCUUAUAGCACAAACUGUUUCUAAAGGUAGUUUGAAAAAAUGUUAUUUUAGAGCGUCAAUUUAUCAAUUCAUUUUGUAGCUUACAAAAAGAUCCUCAAAAGCAGUGAUGUCUUAUUCAAUACAAAUGAAACAACUAUGUACUAUCCUUUUGAUAUGAAGAGCGCAACUGAAAGAAAUCUAUAAACAAAACAGAGUAACUACAUGAAAUUUCACCAUAUAUAAAGGAGACACUUUCUUAAACACAAUGUACCAUACAUAUAUGCACUCUAUUAUAUUUUUUUAGUUAGUCCUUUUGUGAUAUACCUAAAUUAUUUCAUGUAAAAUGUAUUCAUAGCGUUUUUUUUUCAUUCAAGAUUGCACACAAGUCACACCACAUUUUGCAAAAUUUUAGAAAUCCCCCUACCAUUAUUAGAAUUAACUUAUUAAAAUGAGUAUUUCAUUAUUGAAUUUAGAAUUACAAUGGUUCAACAUACUACUGAAAGCACUUCUAUAUUUUGGUUAUUAGAUUUCUAGACGUCUUUGACAAAGCCAUGUGGUAUUUAUUUUUCUUGUAAUGUCAUUACAUUUAUUUUUGAUGUCACAUGAAAAUGUCCAAUGCUCUGCCAUUCACAAGUUUAUCAUGUACAUGACUGCGGCCCAUAUCACUAAAGUAAAUCAGGUUAAGUUUGACAACAUGGGAGAGCACCAUGUUUCGGGGGACCAUGUUUGAACCAUGACAUCGUGUACAGUGUGUCACGUGUAGUUUAGAAUCUGGUUUGGUCACAGGUGUAAAUAAGUUCACACGGUGGAAUACAGUAUCGAACGACUUGGACUAUGCGCUUCUUUUAAGAAAACUUUUAAAUAAUUUUUUUAAAUUUUUUGACAUUAUUUCAUAAACAACGGCGUUGAGCUUCUCCUGACUAUCUUACCAGUUUCUGACACAAAUGUCUUCAAAAAAAAUAAUUAUAGAAUACAAGAAAGUCACAUUUGUAUACAGACAUUGUCUGUUUGGAAUCCUAUUCUGUUCAUUGUCUUGAAUUGCAGAUGAAUAGAGAAAAUUGAUGGUUUAUAAUAGAUCUCAGCCUUAAUUUUACACCAUUGACCUGUUUUGUUUUAUCAUUUUGUAAUUUCUAUAUAUAAGAAUCUCAUUUCUAUUCGUUAGGAUCUGUAUCAUAUACUUAAAUUUAUUUUAUCUAUUAUUUUAAUUUAAUUUACGCUUUGAUUCUACGGCAUAAAUCUAUCCCACUCCAGGACUCCUUGUUUUGAGUGUGUGUGUGUUUGUGUGUGCCUAAAUGGUGACGUUGUAUGGAGGUUAGCGAUUGGUUGUGAAUGAUGCCAUAAUAGUUGACACUGUCGUCACUUGUUCUUAGGGGAGACGUAAGACUGAAAGGUUGUGUUAUUGUAGUGAGUUAGAUUUCGUUAAAGAAUAUCAUUACUAAAGUCCACUAGAGUUAUUUCAUUUAUCACAAUUGAUUUUGUCUAUAUUAUAAAUAAAGUUCUAUUUAGUUUUGUCCACAAAGACAUUAGUCAGUUUUUUUCAAGCUAAUUUAAAAACAUCACAUUAUUUUGGGGUUAAGCUACAUUUUUUUUUCUAAAACAUAAAGACACAAUUUUGCGUUCAAAACCAAAUCCAAAGUAUGUUCAAGGCCUGUUGCAGAUUCCUUGCUUUAUCUAGUGGUUAUACGUUUUGUUGUUGUUGUUUUUUUUUGCAGUCCAGAAUGUAUGAUAAUUAAUAGAACAUAGAGCUGGCAAGCCGCACUGUAGAUCCCAUUGAUAUAUAUAAACGUAGCAUACGCCGCUAUUUAGUGAGAAGAUUAUUUGUUCACCCCCACCUCCUUUUUUUUCUGAGCCGCGCUCUCUGUCGCCGCGAAAGUUACGUGGGGGCAACUCUAGUCCGACUUGCAGAAAUAAAAGAAUUAUGUUUCCAUGAUCCUUUCAUCGAGGGUUAGAGAGUCGGCGUGUGUGCGUGGUGUCCCGCAUGGUUGGGCGACGUAGAGAUUAUAUAUACAAAUAUAUAUAUAUAUAUAUAUAUAUGUGAGAUUUCCAUAAAUGGAGGAAAAACUAGAUUUUUGUGCUUUCGGUACAACAUAAAGGAAGCGCUGAUAUACUUUGUUUUUAUUUUCCUAAACGUUUAUGAGAAUUUGUAUGCACGGUUUAGCACAGGUCUUUCACUAGCAGAAACAAAAAAAUCUCAAUAUAAGGGAAGAAUUACGCUUUCUAUGACUUAAAAUUAAAAAACAAAUGGUCAAAUAACUAGCGGUCAAUUGAAUGGUCAAUUGAAGUAUACCGCAAUCGUGCCUCAAUUUUUUUUUUUUAAAUUGAGUUGGCAACAGUGAAUUUCAAUGAAACGUCCUUGACACUGUUGAGUAUAUCGUGAAGAUCUCCGCUAACCAAGUUCUGAAUGGCCAAACUAACCCAUGACAUCGUGUCUUUGAAGUCAAUAAACAAUUCUUUUUGUUUUGAAAUGGGGUGUAAGGUAAACAUGAACAAACUCUUUGAGUAAUGAAUUCUCAAUUCUAGCUGGCAAGCAGUUCAUAUUGGCCUUGGCCAUUAAUUCGUUUCGUUUCAAUUGUUUCCUUAAUUAUUAUUAUUUUUUUUACAAAUUGUAUAACUUUAAAAAAAAAAAGUUUAAUUAGCGAUAGAACGUGUGGAAGUGUGAUCCAUUUCUAUUGGCUAAUUCGUCAUCAUCUUUGACAACCUGUGAAAUAAUUUCAACCGAUAAUUGUAAUUGAGAUAAUAAGUUUUACCUUAAGGGGGAAAUGAAAAUGUUUUGGAAUGACUUCACACACACACAUACACAAAACACAUACACCUUCGCGCACACACACAAACACAUGUUAAUACAUGUAUUGCAUGUUGUCAUUUUUCAAAAGGGCUAUGUUGCAAUGAUAGCAAUUAGGCAAGCAGUGCUGCUUAGAUGAGAUUGUUAGCAAUUAGGCAAGCAGUGGUGCUUAGAAGAGAUUAGGGGUGCGACAGAGGGCAUCGAUGCCCAAUUAAUAGUUCGCCUUUCAGUUGCUGAGAUCUAUAGAACAGGUCAUCUGUUUCUGUGGGUGUCAUGUGGCCAGCACAACUACCAACCGUCUUUACUUUUCCCUUACUAAUGUCAGGUACCCAUUAGAGCUUGAUGGAAUCAGAGGCACUCAAAGAUCCCGAACUAAAAAAAAAUCCCAGUCUUCGAACCCGGGACCCCCGAGUUCGUAAGCCAAGAGCUUUACAGCUUAGCCACAGCCCAAUUGAAGAGAACAAAAAAAAUAUUGAACUGAAAACAAGGGGCUGUAAACGUAUCAUUAUUUCAAAACGCGCUACGGCUGUUUAUUUGUAUAGUUCAUUACAGUACGCAGGUUCGGCCUUAGGUCGGAGUGGGCCCCACAUUUUCAUAGGCCCCGCGCUAAUUCUAAAGGUGAAUUAUUAAAUUAAACCAUUAUAAUUUAUACAUAAUAACAGGAGUUCUGUGGCCUCCUAAUUUUCCAGAGUCUCCCGGAAAUCUCCUGAAAUUAUUAAAAUCUCCUGAAUGCUUCUGAAAAUCUACUUAAGAAUAGACACAAUUGUCAUUUUGGGAUGACAUUAAAUAAAGACGACAUUGUGAGCUUUCAUUUAAUAAAAAUGUAUUGCAAAGACGAAUGUAUUUUCUAAUACAAAAUCUUAAUUUCGACAUAAUGCUUAUCCCUACCCAGACUAGGCCCCGCUCAAUCCGUUCUGCAUUUGGCCCCGCAAUUUGUCGGGUCGGCCCUGGCACUAUGUUAGGUAGCUGCGCACUGUGUCUUGUGUGGUAAAGUGCAAAAGGAGGUAACACUUAAAGAACUAAAUUAAUACAUGGAGAAAUGGAAGUAUGUUUUUUAAUUUAGAAAAAUUUUUGUUCAAUAGUAAAUAGUGGUCAACUAAAGUGGACAGUAGAUAUGUCGAUGAUUAUAGCAACACAUCGUGAUUUCAAAUGUUCAGUGAUCUUAUUUUUUAAUAGUCGUUUGUUCUUUUUUUUUUGUUUAAUAUUUUUGUUACUGGUUGUACAAUUUUAGUACUGAAUAUCUUUUCAAUUUUAGCUCUUUUGAAAUAUUUAAUCAGCUUUCGAAGCUAUACAUUUUUAGACUCUCAGUAUACAAGAAAUUGUAUGUAACGUAUGGUAAUUUGGCAAUACAUUGUAGUUGACUUCUGAUUAUUAUUAUAUAUCAAAUAGCACUUUGUUUAUUUCUGUUCUCUUGCAUUAAAACAAAGUGUUUUAAAAUGAGUUUAUGUCUCACUUCUCAAGUAUGCUACAAGACUUAAAGAGUUCUCUUAGAAAAUCUCUCUUAAUGGGCUGUUCAUUUAUUGGUUCCUGUGUAUAAUAUAACCAUUAUUUGAUUAAAAGUAAAAAAAAAUGGUUUAAAAUUUAAAAAUAAUUCAGUAAUUCCUAGCUUUGUGCGUGUACCUUUUUGUUUCUCUCUCAACACUAGUGUGAGAAUAUUGUACUAUUGAGCUGGAUACCAAGUGAAUGAUUACUGAGACCUCUUUUAUAUUCAUAAAGUAGGAUGUGCCAAAUGUAUAUUAGCUUUAAACGAGAUAUGUUUCUUUUGUUAUCUAAUCUUAUUUUUCUAUUUGUAAUAUUUUCUACUCUUAUUUUAUCUUAGGAUUUAGACACGUUCCCAGUAGAAAAACAAAACCUAAUAAAAUACCCAGAAAGAUUUCUUAUUCCAUACACUAGGAGAAAUUCAUAUAAGUGCACCCACCCCCCCGAAAAAAAGGAAAGAAAACAAAACCACAGUGACCAAAGUCCUGAGCAUAGCCGGAAGGAAAGGGUUAAAACCUACUCCCCAAAGUAAAAGUAGGCCUGAUGCUUUGACCGCAUUGUGGCUUUCCUAUUAUUUGUAUAAAAAGUGUAUGUCUUGUGUGUAUAUGUUUGGGAGGGGGGGUGUUCAUUGUGUUAUGCGAGAACAGCCUUGCACAUCUUUUUUUUUUCAGGGUAGUCUGUAUUUAUAAUCAUUUUAUCAGACAUGUUGCACAUGUUAACUGUGAGUACUUACAUGUGAUAACAAUUAUCUUCUAUAGUGUGUGUGUGAAUAAUGCAGCGGCAGGGUGUUCUUUGGAAUUUUGUAUGUACUUUUUAAACAUUAUCCAGUGAGUUGUGUCUAAACACUUAUCAGGUUACGCAAAUUUUAAUAUUUGUCUUAAAUAAUACUUUUGUUUAAUUUUUACUUUGAUUUCGCUAGAUUUGAAAAUUUAUAUCACCCACCUGGCAAUAAUAACAUUUAUAAAACAGAGUUAAGUCAAGAUUCAGAUUCAGUUCGAGUAGCUGGCUAACUUCUGCAGUCAAAAGUGAAAGUAUGAUCCUUACUACUAAAGCAAAAUACAUUUCCUCUCACACAUUGAGAUUUCAAUUUCGGGUCAACAGUAUCGAGGGUACCAUACUAACAAGAAUACCAAGUGGUACCACGAAUCUUGUCAAUUCUAUAAUAUCAAGCACCAUUAGAAUUUGGUAGACUCUGGGGCUUCCCUGAAUUUCUGAAGCUUAAGGAGCCCCGUCUCCUUCAAGUUUCGAACUCAAUUCUUCUGAUACCGAAAUCCAGGCGUCUUAACACCCAGCCACCCCAGCCCUUGCUAGAAGAGAAAUAAAUGUGUAAUAGUUUAUUGAUGGUACGAGCACAAUCAGGAAGUAUGCUCAUUUAAUUAAGUCACAAAUUUCUUAGUGCUGUCACGUGAUAUUGUCAAAUCAUUAGAAAAUAAGACAGCGUUUCAUCAUACUGUUCAAAAUACCUCAAUGCAAUGUCCUUAGACUUGUCGUCAUACAUAUCAUCACAUUGGCGUUAUCUAAUGACCGCUGAUGGAUGGAUAGAUACUUCGUUCACUGUUAUGUUUAUCUUUAACACUUUAAUUUAUUACAUUAAAAGUACUAUGUUGAAUAAUGCCGAAAGCGUGAUUUUUUAAAUGAUUAAAAAACAGGGGACGUAACUCCUUUUUCCAUUUUUGACACACAUGAAAGGGAAACAACUGGUAAAAAUUGCCCGCUCGCAUUAACAUGUUUGGUUAUGUGAUAUUAUUGUUACCGACUGUUAGGAGACCAAUUGUGAUGGUGGCUACUUACACAGUACCUUAGCUUUGUACCUAGCCGUGACCAUUUCUAUGAUUAGUUCCUUGUAAUGUUCCACCUGUUUGUACAUGUAAUCUUUCUUAUAUGCAUUAUACCAGAUUUCUGUGUACAUAUAUAUUUUUUCUACACUCUUUGGUGUCUUUUUUUAUAAACAUACAUCAACUUACUAACAUUCUGAGUUCAUGUUCUUAACUUGACAUAUAAAGUAGCACCAAGACUGGAAUAAAUUAAUGUACUUGUAA